AUGGCCACCACUGAAGAUAUCCGCAUCGAACCCAUCACGAAUCCAGCUGACUUUGAAGGCUGUUUCAGAGCCCAAGCCAACGCCUUUGGCCACCAAGUCAACGAUGCAGUCUGGAUCGCAUUCAACCCAGGCUGGGAUACACCCGAAGGCGAAAAAGCUUGCGUUCAGCGUCUAGUUGACCGGUUUAACUCUGUUACUCAAAACCGCGACGGGAAACCUAACAUUGUCUAUAUCAAAGCCACCGUAAACGGCACCAUCGCUGGAAUGGCAAUCUGGCAUCAGUUCUCUGUUGUGGAAGGCUGGGGUGAUGAACCUGGUGAUAUCACAAAGGGUUCCUUUUUGGAGGAUUUGUAUCCGGGGAAUAAAACUGAGCAAAAGUUUCUUGCGCAGGCGGAUAAAUCGCUGUUUGGGCGUCGGGGCGAGAUCAUUAGGGAGAAAGCUACCGCUUCGCCCCCGGCGGUCUUUGUUAUGGAUGUUUGCGCUGUUGAUCCUAAGUUCCAGAGAAGAGCAAGGGUUCAAAGCAGAUGGUGA